AUGUCGAUGCAGCAGCGUAAGGAUGAGAUCCUUGCCAAGAGGGCGAAGCUUGCUGAGCUGAAGAAGCAGCGUGAGCUCCGCCAGAAGGAGUUUACAUCCCGGACUAGUGUUGGUGAUGCUUCAGAGAUUAUCUCGCCAGCACCUGGUCGCCCCGAUAACAGACACGAGCUUGAUGACUUGAUUUCUCGUCUGGUGGAUCGCCCAGCAUCCGCCUCGCUGAGCCAUGGCGCUGAUGGUCAGUCGCGCAGAGGAAGCCGACCAACCUCCGUACUCAGCGCCAGCCAACUGAGUGGGGAGAACACCGACGCAUAUGCUCCUUCAUCGCGCCCACAAUCUCAAUCCAUUGCCGUCCAGACUGUUGGCGAGGAGCCCUACACUUCCUCCGUAACGGAAGCCCCGCAGGCCCCUGAACUCGAACCCGAACACAAACCUAAACCAGAGGUUGUCACCUACAGCAAAGCGGUACAAACAGAUGGUUUAGAUCUUCAAGCUGAAACUCCUGAAGAGUCUGUUGCUUCGGAUAAUGAGGAUGUCCCUGGUACCAGCCGGUCCAGCAAGCGUCUCAGUCGACGGGACCGGGAACGUGACGAGGAAAUUCGACAGAAGCUUCGCCAAGAAAUUGAAGACGAAUUGCAAGCUACCAACCAGACGGAGAAUAAUGAGAAGACAGCUGCGCAAACUUCACAAUUAAGAUACCCUCUGCGCACACUCGACGACGACGAAUUGAAAGCUGUCACAUCUUCGGACGACUUCUUGGAUUUCGUUGAGCGCUCUUCGAAGGUCAUUGAGCGAGCUUUAGACGAGGACUACGAUGUACUGGCGGACUAUGAGCUUGGUGGAACCGAUGGUGACUUGCAAGAAGAUGAAGAGACGGGCAAGAAACGGCGAGGAAUUCGGGAAGUGUGCCAGUUCUGGGAUGAACGAUGGAGUAAGAAGCGUAUGAUCAGUGAUCUGAGCUUCUCUCCUAAGUUUCCUGAAUUGCUGCUUGCAUCGUACACUAAGAAUCCUUCCGCUCCUCACGAACCAGAUGGGCUUGUCCAGGUCUGGAAUCAACACCUACAGUCUCGCCCAGAAUACGUGUUCCACUCUACCUCUGAUAUUCUCACCGCAAAGUUCUCUCCCUACCAUCCAAACCUUAUUGUUGGUGGUUCCUACUCUGGACAAGUCCUCUUGUGGGACACUCGUUCCUCACGCGCUGGUGGAGGUGCACCUGUACAAAAGACUCCCCUAACUGGCUCUGGACACACCCAUCCCGUUUACAGCAUCUCGAUUGUUGGUACACAGAAUGCACACAACAUCAUGACCGCCUCUACAGACGGUGUGGUCUGUGGUUGGACUGUCGAUAUGCUUUCCCAACCGCAAGAAUAUCUGGAAUUGACUACACCCCCCCCAUCGAAGACGGAGGAUCUCGCUCCAACCACCAUGUCAUUCCCUCACUCCGAUCCUACCUUCUUCAUUGUGGGUACUGAAGAAGGCGGCAUCUACCCGUGCCACCGGUACGAUCGAGCUGGAGCCAAGGCUGGCACAGAUCACCGCUUGGCCUAUCGUGGACAUGCAGCACCGAUCAUGUCCACUGCCUUCCACCCCGGCCGUGGACCGGUCGACCUUGGAGAUCUCAUGUUGAGUUCCAGUCUAGACUGGAGCGUCAGACUCUGGCGUGUGCGGCCACCAGCGACAACCGCUUCUGUUACAUCCGGCAUCGCCCAAACGCAAGUGGUCUCGCCCAUCCUCGAGAUCAACCGCGAAGAUGUGGUCUACGAUGCACGUUGGUCCCCACACCGACCUGGCGUCUUCUCUCUUGUCGACGGUGCCGGCAACGUGGAAGUGUGGGACCUUGCCUCAGACACUGAGGUACCCGCCGUCCGCACCUCCCCAUCCCGCGGCCGUGGCGGCAUCCUAUCCCAAAGCCUUAACAAGGUCGCAUGGGAAGAGCGUGAAGGACGACGUCUUGCAACUGGUGGUCUUGACGGUGUCAUCACUGUCUUCGAAGUUGGCAAGGGCUUGGGUGGACUCCCUGAGGAAGUGCCUGCAGAGGAGUGGACAGAUAUGAAGCGGUUGGUGGGAAAGUUGGAGAACAAGGAUCGGGUGGCUUAG